AUGCCCUCGCUCACGGGCAUCCUGCAGGCGAUGACGGCCGAGCAAAAAGAUGGAAGAAGAGAGAUCUUCAUUCGAAAUGGCUGCGUGUUUUCCAAGGUUGAUCUUGGAAACACCGACCUCACAGCGUUUUUGGGCAACCGUGGAUCUUCUUAUAGAGGUUUCGAUCCAGCUUUACAAGGUCCCGCACGUAGGGAUUCCAGGUCAAACGGAACUGACCAGACGGUGUGGGAGUGA